ACGUCAUGCGUGUCCUCUCGGCUGAAGCCCCCCAGAGGUUUGAUUACAUUGUGGGAGCCGCGCGCGCACUGCCUGUACAACAUGACACGCGCUUGAAUUAACAUGUAUUUAUAUGUGCACAUGACAGCAGGCGUGCGUGCAUACAUGUUCGGCAGAAAAAGAAGACUCCCCUUCCUCUAAGCAAAAUGCCUUCUGGGAUUUUUCCUCAGCAAAACUGACGUCUACCACAUUCCAAAAUCAAACACCAGGAAGAAACGCUUUUUUUACAGAUAAAAUCUGCCGGAGCAGAUCUGAUUCGGAUAGCAAACCUGCCGCCGACGUCUCUAGAAACAUCUCGCCGACCGUCCCGCAGGACGACCGCCUAUCAUGAGAUUCCGAAUUUACAAGCGUAAGGUGAUUAUACUGACUGUAGUUGUCAUCAUCUGUGGAUUUGGCGUGUGGAACAGCGGGAAGCCAAAGAAGGCGGAUGACAUUUUUCCUAAGGAGGCGGAGACGGUGAAACGGAGCGGCAGCCAGGUCCCGGCCACGCUACCGGUCACACGGAAACCAGUCAACGAGACUCUUCCGGAAAAACAACCUGUUGCCAAGUCUGAAGUAGACAACACAACUCUGGUGUACAGAGGGAUCGUGUUUCAGCUCAACUUUGACCAGACCCUCAGAAACGAGGAGAAGUUUCGCUCGGUCCGACAGAAGGACGACCUGGUGGUCGUCGUUCAAGUCCACAACCGUCCCGAAUACCUCCGACUGCUCGUGGACAGUUUGAGGAGAGCGAAAGGCAUCGAAAACGUCUUUCUCGUAUUCAGCCACGACUUCUGGACGCCGGAGAUAAACCAAAUAGUCACGUCCAUCGACUUCUGCCUUGUCCUUCAGAUAUUCUUCCCUUUCAGCAUCCAGCUCUAUCCUCAAGAGUUCCCAGGGAACGAUCCUAGAGACUGUCCCAGGGACAUUCCCAAAAAAGAUGCUUUAGCGCUGGGAUGCCUCAACGCCGAGUACCCCGACUCUUUCGGCCACUAUCGGGAAGCCAAGUUCUCACAGACCAAACACCACUGGUGGUGGAAGCUGCAUUUCGUUUGGGACAGAGUCCGAGCGCUGAAAGACCACCGCGGGCUCGUGUUGCUCAUCGAGGAAGACCACUACCUCGCUCCCGAUUUCUAUCACCUUCUCAAGCUCAUGGUCUCUUUAAAGAAGGAACAGUGUCCCGACUGCGACAUCCUCUCCCUGGGUGCCUACGGACACGUCGGAUAUUCCAGCAAAGCCAACAAGGUGGAGGUGAAGGCCUGGAAGUCCACCGAGCACAACAUGGGCAUGGCGCUCAAUAGAGACACCUAUCAGAAACUACUCAGGUGCACGGAUGCGUUCUGCACCUACGACGACUACAAUUGGGAUUGGUCGUUGCAACACCUCACCGUCAGCUGUCUGCCCACCUUCCUGAAGGUCAUGGUCAGCGAGGCGCCUCGCGUUUUCCACGCGGGCGACUGCGGCAUGCACCACAAAAAGUCGGCUUGCAUGCCGAGCAGCCAGAAGACAAAAUUCGACAACAUUCUGCAGAGCAGCGGGAACCAACUGUUCCCAAAACAGCUGCUCAUCACAAAGAGACUCCCUGCGUCCGGGGCCAAAGGUGUGGCCCCGCACGUGAAAAACGGAGGUUGGGGAGACAUCAGGGACCACGAGCUCUGCAAGAGCUAUCUGCGAUUACAAUAACUUGAUCCUUUUUUUGUGUUUUUGCAUCCCCUAAUGAAAGCCUUUAAAAAUCUUUAUGGACUCUUUCUUCGUAUUGCCUGUUUUAUUGAAAUAUUCCAAAUAAAAAAAGUAUGUGACGUUUGGAUUCGGUGGUUAUGAGCAUCAUUUUAGUGUUAUCGUUUGGGAAAAAUAUUUUUUGUCACCUAGGGCUGGAUGAUAUAUUGAAGAUCUGCAAGAAAUUUUGGCAAUGAGAUUAAAAAUGUUGAGCAUAUUUGUGAGUUUGAUCCAAGUGCACACACAGUCAAUGAUUAAAUGUUUGCACUUUUCUAAAAAAGUGUCUGCCAAAUGCGAAUGUAUAAAUGAAGUAUUUUAAUCAUGAUUUUAUUAUCCUGCGAUCUUUUUAUCAUCCUACAGAUGCUGCAUCGGAUUGAAUUUUACAAUUACACUGUAAACCUGAAUAAGAUGACGAACCUUAAUUUAAAAAAAAAACAUUUUUUUUUUUAGUUUUUGAUAAAGCUGCAAAGCUCUGAAAUUUUGGAAAUAUUAAAAGCUGGAAACUUAGGGAAUUAUUUGUAAUUAUUUCAGUAAUUUGUACAAACUGCAUCACACACAAACAAGCUUCCUCGACAUCUAAUUCUUCUUCAUCCGUGUGCCACAAUUCCCAUAUAUUCCAAUUUCCAUGGAAAGGUUUAAAAAUUCCCAGAAUUUUGCAACCCUAGUUUUUUAAUCUCCUAAAUUAAUUCGUUAUUAGGUUUGGUAGCUCAAAUAUUUUAGUUAAUUUUACUUAAAACUCAACUUUUUAAUGGCUCAUUAAUUGGCCAAUGGUGUGAUGGACAGUGCUCCCGACAUAUGGUGUUUGAAUCCCGACUCGAGGUCCUUUGCCGAUCCCAUACCCGUCUCUCCACCCUGUACUUCAUCUCCUUAAAUACGAUAUAUCAAAUAAUGGCAAAAAAAGCUUUUUAACAAAGUUAACAGAGCCUUAAAAAGGAAGUAUAAAGAUUUUAAAAAUAAGUACAAAGAUUUAGUAACUCAACAAAUUUUUCACUUUCUUUCAAAAAAAAUGUUUUUCUUAUUACAAAUAAGUCAAAACUAUUUGACUUAAAAUGACGAAGGAGACUCUUAGUGCUGCCAUUAUCUGCAAAUUGUUCAAGUUAUUUAAAAAUAAUACAUUUUAAUAACACAAAAGCAAGAAAAGUUAUAUUUAAAGAUGGGGUGCAUGAUCUCUGAAAGUCAGUGUCGAUAUUUGAAAUCACGUAAACAAACACGCCCCUACCCCAAUAGAAUCUGGAUCUUCUUUCGAUAGACCCGCCCCACACAUACGCAACCCAUGCAAUGAUGUUGGUUAGUAGACACGCCCCUUACUGCUGAUUGGCUACAAGAGUGUUUUGGUAGUCUGCCCGAAUCUCUUUUCCAAAGUGUUUUUUAAAAAUCACACACCCCUCCUUUAACAGUAAUACUGGAUUUUUAAAAUAAAAUACAUUCAGGUUUACAGAAAUAUUUCAAAAGAUUUAAACGUCAAACAGUGACACAUCUCAUGAGUUUGAUUUAUUUGUUAUAUCACCCAGCCUUAGUCCCUUUUACAUCUGUUACGAAAGAUUUUAGCAUUUUUGUGGAGACAGAAUUUGUAUGUUUGAUUUUUAAAAGCAUGAACUCUUUCUAUGAAUUAUAUGUGUGCAUCUAUAUACAAAAUACAUGGAAUGCGUACUUUUGAUCAAAACUGGGCUAUUUUUGAUAUGCAGAUGAACUAUUUUAUAUUUGCUUGAAUGUGAUUGAUCGUUUUAAAAAAGGUUGUGCUUCAUAUUAAACGUAUUCAAGUAUUAGAAUGCUUUUUAAGCUUUUGCAAGACAUUAAAAUUGCAUUGACUCUC